AUGAUCCGCAAACGACAAACAGCAGCAGCAGCUUCUUCAGGAACUGAAACUUCUCCUGCCAAGAACCAAUCGUCUUCAAAGAUGCCCUCGCUUAGCAAUUGGAGUCUGCGGUCGCAGUGGAUGUUCUUUGCGGUUGCUAGUGGUGCUUGUGCAGCUUUCAAUGGAGUUUUUGCCAAGUUGACAACUACACAUCUCACAACCGAUCUAUCCAACAGCAUUGCAGGCUUACUCGGCUUAUCCUCUCAUGAGCAUGUCGUCGAGUAUGUAGUCCGAGGUCUCUUCUUUGUUCUCAACCUCACUUUCAACGGCGUUAUGUGGACACUUUUUACACAGGCUCUUGCCCGUGGUACAUCCACCACUCAAGUAUCCAUCAUGAAUACUUCAACCAACUUCAUGAUCACAGCAAUGCUGGGUGCCUUGAUCUUCUCAGAGGUUCUGCCCCCGCUGUGGUGGGCAGGUGCCGCGCUUCUCGUCGCGGGUAACGUUAUCGUGGGCCGAAAGGAUGAGACCAAGGAUGCUGGUGCUGCUGCGGCGGCUGACGGGCCGGCUUAUGUACCUGUGCCAACUGAAGAGGAGGGAAUGCUGAGGAGGGAUGAUGAGGAUGUUAUCGACCUGGGAAGGGUGUCUGAUGAGAGAUCACGAUAG